AUGGUGCUGUCGGAGUUGGCCGUUCGCCUCAACUGCGCCGAGUACAAGAACUGGGUGAAGGCGGGCCACUGCCUGCUGCUGCUGCGCCGCUGCCUGCAGGGCUUCGUGGGCCGGGAGAUGCUGGCCUUCCACCGCCGCCUGCUCGCUUGCGCCCCGGGCCUGGGCCCUGGCGCCACCUGCGGCUCCAGGUGCUGCCCGCGCGGCCGCCAGUUCCAGCCUCAGUGUCCGCUGUGCGCGGCGUGGAAACGGGAGAUCCUGACACAUCACACCAACAGGACCGGGGACGUGCACUGGGGCAACUGCCGGCCGGGCCGCUGGCCCGCGGACGCCUGGGAGGUGGCCAAGGCCUUCAUGCCCCGCGGACUGGCGGACAAAGCAGGACCCGAGGAAUGUGACGCAGUGGCUCUUCUGAACCUCAUCAACGCCUGCGAUCACUUCCUGGUGGAUCGGAAGAAAGUCACAGAGGUGAUUAAGUGUCGUAACGAUAUCAUGCACUCUUCAGAGAUGAAGGUAUCUUCUGUGUGGCUUCGGGAUUUCCAGAGGAAGAUCCAGAAUUUUCUGAAUGAAUUCCAUAAUAUCCCAGAGAUUGUGGAGGCGUACUCCAGAAUAGAAGAGCUGCUGACGUCGGACUGGGCCGUCCUCAUCCCCGAGGAAGAUCACCGAGAUGGCUGUGACCGUGACUCCGGCGUUUACCUGAGCGAGAGCCAAGUCCAUGAAAUCGAAAUGGAAUUUCUCAAGGAAAAGCUUCACGAGCUUUAUCUUCAAGCAGAAGAACAAGAGGAGUUGCCAGAAGAGAUCCUGACGCGGCUGGAGGCGGUGAGAGAGUUUCUGAGCAGCAAUGAGGAUCUCAGGAACGGCCUUUCAGAGGACCUGCAGAAGCUGGACGGCCUGUGUCUGCAGCAUCCAACACUGCAUUCAGAGGAGCCUGCGAGGCAGGCAGCCGCAGGGGAGGCCUGA